AUGGUCAAGGUCGAGGUAGACUUUAAAGCUGCACCAGAGUGUAGACUUGAGGAGAUGAUCAAAAGAUCACCUUCAAUCAACUCCUCACCCAUGCAUUUUAGCUGGCACCAUCUCAGCCCAAGGCUGGUGCUGACCAGCAGCUCUCCAGACUUUGAUCCAACUAGUAUCUCACACUGGAAAGAGGAGGGUUUUGCCGUCGUGUACCUCCCAUAUGAUAGUGAUGCAAAGGCCUACAGAAACAGCCUACAACACCUGGCCGAUCCUCUUGAACUUGGUGACAAGUACGCCAUCGUGGCUUAUGGAGAAGCCGCGUCACUUUGUCUUGAAGCUUGUAUGAAGCCAAUGCCUAAGCUAUGUGCCAUAGUCGCCUAUUAUCCCACACGGCUUCCAACAACGAGCACCGCUUUUCCACCUUCCCUCCUUGUGCAGGUUCAUAUUGCUUCCUCGCAGAACUUUGGUAGUCGUUACCCAUCGUACACGUACCCAGAUACAGCUCCAGGCUUUGCAGAGCAUGAUGCUGAUCAAUAUGACAAAAUUGGUUCGCGGCUGGCUUGGUCUAGAAGUCUUGGCUUGAUGCGAAGAGGAUUUGAUAUUAAUGUAGACCUCGAAGCAAUAUGGGAGAACCAUACGGCUCUUGAGUUUGCCGCCAAGGACGCUGAAGCAACGAUGCAGACAAUGGUAGCUGAGCCCUACGUCAACCACGUUCCGACCAUGACAGGGGGUAUUGGUUAUAAUGAUUUGAAGAAGUUCUAUGCCGAGUUCUUCAUUCCAGGGAAUCCGCCGGACACGAAAAUGAAGCUCCUCAGCAGAACCGUUGGAACUGACAGAGUGGUAGACGAGCUACUCGCCUCGUUCACUCACACGAAAGAAAUACCUUGGAUGUUGCCCGGCGUACCAGCUACUGGUAAGAGAGUCGACAUCAUAAUCGUUGCCGUUGUUUGCAUACGUGGUCAGAAGUUGUAUCACGAACAUAUUCACUGGGAUCAAGCCAGCGUACUGGUACAAGUUGGACUUCUUGAUCCUCUAUUGGUGCCAGCGACCUUCAAGACGACGAAAGAGGGCGCGGAGAAAGAAGUUGACAAGCUACCUGUAGUUGGACCGGAGGGUGCUCUGAAAGUUGUGGAUGAAGAAAACGGAGAGAGCAAUCUUUUGAUUCCUGAUUGGUAG